CGAGAAAAAUCCAGAAAAUAGGCCUGCCGUGGCUGAGAUUCUGUCCCAUCCUUUUAUCGAAGAAGAGAUGGAUAAUAAUUUCAAGGUAAUGCAAGACGUCAAGUCAUUACUUACUAACGUGAGAUCUGACAUUCGAAUGUCUCGACCAAGAGAGUGCAUAUUUUAUGAGAACCGAUUUAAAACUCACGAAGAUGAAGUAAGCAAGAUUAUGCUUACUGAAGAUUUAGCAUCUUUAAGAGUUCUAACCGAAGAAAGUAUACUCACUGAAUUAUAUCAAAGAUUACAUCAAGGUGAUUUCCACACAUUCGUAGGUGACAUAUUAUUAGUUUUGAAUCCAAAUGAACUGCAAGACAUUUAUGGAAACCAGUUUCACGAUAAAUAUAAUUUCAAAUCAAGGUCGGAUAAUGAACCACAUAUAUAUUCGGUAGCAGACAAAGCAUAUCAAGAUUUACUUCAUAAUGAAGAAAAACAGCAUAUAGUUUUCGCUGGUGAAAGUAAAUCUGGCAAAACAUCAAAUGCCCAUCACCUCAUUAAUCAUUUUAUUUAUCUUGGCAAAAGCCUAGGCGAUGUUGGUAUCAGAAUCAUGAAAGCAAUUGACGUCAUCCAUGCAUUCUGUCAUACUUCUUCUCCACUGAAUGAAAAUUCAACGAGAUGUAUUUAUCAAACUCAAUUGACUUUUGGACCAACGGGAAAAGCAUCUGGAGCAAUAUUUUCUUUAUUUCAAUUGGAAAAGUGGUGUGUUUCUACGGCCGACACAAAUCGAUCCAAUUUUUUCAUCUUCUACUAUUUUUAUGAUAGUAUGAAUGCCAGUGGAAAAUUAACGGAUUAUAAACUACCUCCAGGAAGAAAACUUCAUUAUUUACGAGCUCAUAGUAUCACCCAUUUAGAUAAACUUACAUUAGAGGUCAGAAACAAUUCUCAGGAAAACUGUCACAGAUUUGAUCAAAUCAACGAAACUUUGAUUCUUAUGGGAAUGGAAAGUCAUAUUAAAUUUAUUUGGAAAGUAUUGUCGGCGAUAUUACUUAUUGGUGAAGUAGGGUUUAAACAGAGCAGUGAUGGUGAGGCAGUUAUUGAAAAUAUUAAGGCUGCAAAUAAUGUGGCAGAGCUCAUUGGACUGGAUGAAAAAAAAUUUGCCUGGUCUUUGACAAAUUAUUGCGUAAUUAAGAGAGGAGCUGCGGUUCGUCGUAAAUAUACGUGUGAAGAAGCUGGACUUGCUUGUGAUGUAUUAGCAUGUACAUUAUAUCAAAGACUAGUUGAUUGGGUGAUAAAUUUUAUAAACUCGAAACUUGCACUGACUCGUACAUUAUUCGGUGACAAGUAUAUAAUAAAUAUUCUAGAUCUUUUUGGUUUCGAAUGUUUUGAUCAUAAUAGAUUCGAACAGUUGGUUGUUAAUACUACUAAUGAGCAAUUACAAUGUUAUUAUAAUCAGCGAGUUUUUGCAUGGGAAAUGCAAGAACACGAGGAGGAACUGAUACCUUCAACGUACUUCAAUUACUAUGACAACCAAGAAACAAUUGAACAAUUAAUGGGCAAUAAAUAUGGUAUUUUCCAAAUCAUAGACGAAGCUUCUCGUCAGCUCCAAGAUACUGAAUAUAUUUCGAAAAAAAUUGAAUACCUCGGAAAAAAAUCACAUAUAAAUAUGAUCAGUUCUCAUCAAUUUUCAGUAGCUCAUUAUACAGGAAAAGUCGUCUAUGACAUUGCGAAUAUUGUAGGAAAAAAUCGAGAUUUUGUUUCUCCUGAGAUGAUUAACACAAUGAGACUUUCUUCAUUUGAUUUGAUAUUACAAUUGUUCACUGGUAAACUGACAAAAACUGGAAACCUUAUAUCAGAUUCAAAAUCAUAUCAUAAACUCUCGCAAAAUGACGUUAAUGGACGUAGUUCAAUAUUAAAUCGAGAAACAUCAAAGAUCAGCAAAUACAAUGUAGCUUUCAAAGAGCAAUAUUCACAGACAAGGAAAAUGCGUACGUGCAUUUCUACAUUUCGUUCUGUAUGUUUAGAAAUUCUCAAAAAAUUAUCGAUAAAUAGUAAAAAUGGAGGAGUUCAUUUCGUAAGGUGUAUACGAGCGGACUUAGAUGGAAAACCAAGAGGCUUCAAUCAUGAAAUUGUACGACAACAAAUUAGAGCACUCGGAAUUUUGGAGACUGCCAGAAGUAGACAAAAAGGUUAUGCAUAUAGAAUUGCCUUUUCGGAAUUUCUUCGGAGAUACCAAUUUCUUGCUUUUGACUUUGGGGAAUAUGUGGAUACUACUAAAGAUAAUUGUCGCCUACUUCUAGUCCGAUUAAAAAUGGAAGGAUGGAUGAUUGGAAAAUCUAAAGUAUUUCUAAAAUAUUACAACGAAGAAUAUCUGUCAAGGUUAUAUGAAAUUCAAGUAAGAAAAAUAAUCAAAAUCCAAAGUAUGCUGAGAGCAUUUUUGGCAUGCAAAAAACUCAAUAAAGCCGCUCAGAAGACAAGAAUGAAACAAAAAAUGAUGCAACUGGAUAAACAUGAAAACGGCAACUUAACAGAAGAUGAAGCAGCUUUGUUGAUUCAAAAAACAUACAGAGGUCAUACAACACGAAAGGAAAUUUAUUCCCAAAAAAGUACUUGGGAUGAAAAUACUUUUUCGCUUAUGCAGUAUUACUGCAUCAAAUGGAAAUCGUACAGCAUUUAUCAAAUUCUUCUAUACUAUAGGGGGUUCUGUUUCCAUCAACUUGGCCAAUUUUCACAGCAAGUACACUUAUUCGACCGAAGUUAUAUGUUUCGAUUAAAUACAAUGAAUCAACCGAUAAAUUUGAAUGAAGUUGAUUUAAAUGUCAAGAGGAAUUCAUAUAUUUAUGAAAACCCUCGUUCUGUUUACAAACUACCAUUUGAUUUUUAUCAGGAGUUUUUGGAUUUUAAUGUAGCAUCAACAUCUGAAUCGUCAGAAAAGAUGAAAAAAACAGGAAAUUAUGUCAGGUCAAUAUCAUCAGCUUCUGAUGAAGAUAACGAAGCAUGGAAUGCACCUUUUCAGAAGGGUAAUUUUUACUGGGAUUCAUCUAAGUUUGCUAAAAAAGAUAUUGGAGUGCAAACGACAAAUUCACCUCAUCGUCUAUCUCAAAAUGAUAGUUACAGCAUAAUUAAUACACCAUUUACCCGAGAUCCUCGUUCAUCAUUCGAUUUAGUACAUCAAAAAAAAUUGCACAACAGUUUUACACGUCAAAAAUUUGUGGAUCAUCAUUCAACAGAUAAGAAUAGACAAUGGAAUGGAGGUAUCACUUCACACGGAAAUCACAGUAAUUGGUCAUCAAAAAAUGGAUUUCACUACGAUGAUUCCAAAAAAACAAGAAUAAAUCCAAUUUGUGAACUCCAGACAUUUGGCCAAAAAAAUGAAAACAAUGAAUCUGAUAACGAGCCACCUUUUAAUUUCCAGGCAAUGUUAAGGAAAACUACACAUCAGCGACAAUCAAUGAAACGAAAUCACGUCUACGAAAGUAAUAUGUCAGCCAUGAUGAGAUCAGAGGAGUAUGUACCAAUUAAGAACUUACUGAUAAGCGACAAUGGAGUCACUAAGGAAAUGAAAAACAGUAUGGGUCAACUUAUUAGCGGUGAACCUUAUGCUCAUGCAGAAUCAUUAGGAUACAGUUCGAAGAAAAUAUUUUCGAUACCAGACAAGUAUACGACACUUAAUCCAAUAGAGACUCAAUCGGAAACACUAACUCGAAAUAUGAAUGGAUAUGAACGAAUUACUGAUAAUUUACUUAAUAAAAGAGCUGCUUUUAAUAGUGAAACAAAAGUCACUCAUACAGGACUAAACAGUUUAUCUUCGGUUGAACUAGCUCCAGGUGUUACUGUAAAAGGCUACUGUACCGAAUUUUGAUUUAUUUUUUUAUCUCAUAAAUAAUACAGGUGGAAUAAAAAAGAAUUUGCACUAAAUAAACAAGUAUCUGCUAGACAAAUUAUAAUAUUGUUGAAAUUCUCAAUACACUUAUUGAC